UGAAUGAAGCGUCAUCCUUUCUGAUGUAGAGCGGCGCGGCGGCCUUUCUUCAGCUGCUCUUCGUUUCCACUGCAAACUCGCUGCUUCAAUUCCGGCAUUUCUGUUCUUAUGUUCCCAUUAACGAUGACACGAAGGUGGCCGCUCCUCGCCGUGUGCUUGCUGUUUGUGACCGCUUUGAGCUUGGAGGUUUCUGCGAACGGUUUGGUGAAUGAGGAUGUGAAGAGGACGGUGGACCUGAGCACUCAUCUGGCUAAGAUCACCGCGGAGAUCGUGCUGUCUAACCAUGGACAGUCCUCCGUCCAGAGUUUUAUACUGGCGGUAGAUGCAGACUUGGCACCUCACAUGGCUUAUAUUGGAGCUUCAGUGAAGGGUGAUGAAGAGGAGGAUGGCACGCUUGAACUCCAACAGACAUCAAUCCAGGGGCAAAGAGGGGAGUUCUACAAAGUUCUGCUGCCUUCAACUCUGGCCGCUGGUGCUCAGCUGAAAGUGAAGACUGAGAUGACAUUUAGUCAUGUCCUGAAGCCUUUCCCAACACAGAUCACCCAGGCUGAGCGUCAGCUGGUUAUUUUCCAGGGCAACCACUAUCUGUACUCCCCGUAUCCCACUCGCAGCCAGACCACACGUGUUCGUCUGGCCUCCAAGACAGUGGAGAGCUACACCAAAUUGGGCAACCCCAGCAAGACCGACGAGAUCAUCGAGUACGGACCAUUCCGCGACGUAGCUCCAUUCAGCGAGGAUGCAAUGAAGAUCCAUUAUGAAAACAACACACCCUUCCUCACCAUCACCAGCAUCACUCGCACCAUUGAGGUGUCUCACUGGGGAAACAUCGCUGUUGAAGAAAUGGUUGAUCUGAGGCACACAGGAGCCAUUCUGAAGGGCCCUUUCUCGCGUUACGAUUACCAGCGUCAGUCGGACAGCGGCAUCUCUUCGGUCAAGUCCUUCAAGACCAUCCUUCCUGCCUCAGCUCAAGAUGUGUACUACAGGGAUGAGAUUGGCAACAUCUCCACCUCCCAUCUGCAGGUUCUGGAUGACUCUGUGGAGGUGGAGGUCAGACCACGUUUUCCCCUGUUUGGAGGCUGGAAGACUCACUAUAUCAUCGGCUACAAUCUGCCAAGCUAUGAAUACCUCUACACCCUUGGUGACCAGUAUGCACUGAAAAUGAGAUUAGUUGACCAUGUCUAUGAUGACCAGGUCAUCGACUACAUGACUAUGAAAAUCAUUCUCCCAGAAGGCGCAAAAAAUAUCCAUGUGGAUACACCUUACAAAAUCGAUCGCAUGCCGAACCAGCUGCACUACACCUAUCUGGACACGUUUGGUCGACCGGUGUUGGUAGCUACCAAGAACAACCUGGUGGAGCAGCAUAUUCAAGACUUUGUGGUUCAUUAUAACUUCAACAAGAUCCUGAUGCUGCAGGAGCCCCUGUUGGUUGUGGGGGCUUUCUACAUACUCUUCUUCACUGUGAUCAUCUAUGUACGGCUGGACUUUGCCAUCACAAAGGAUCCUGCAGCGGAAGUGCGGAUGAAGGUGGCCUCCAUCACAGAGCAGGUUCUCACUCUGGUCAACAAACGCCUGGGUCUGUACCGGCACAUGGAUGAGGUGGUCAACCGCUACAAACAGUCCCGCGACACGGGGGCACUCAACAGCGGCCGCAAGACCCUGGAGGCUGACCACCGCACUCUCACCAAUGAGAUCAGCUCGCUGCAGGCCCGCCUCAAGACGGAGGGCUCCGACUUGGCUGAAAAGGUUGGAGAGAUCCAGAAACUGGACGGCCAGGUGAAGGACUUGGUGUGCCGUUCCUGCUUGGAGGCGGAGCGGCUGGUCGCUGGUAAGGUCAAGAAGGAGGCUUACAUUGAGAGUGAGAAGACUCUAACCGGCAAGAGACAAGAGCUCAUCGGACGUAUUGACAGUCUGCUGGAUGCUCUUUAAGCUUCGCACCCAAAUAAACAUCUGCUUUCAUCAUAAAGUAUUUGUAUGAAAAUGACAUGAAAUGUGACACAUUCUUACCUUUUUUUUUUUACCAUAAUUGCAUCCAGACAUGGACUAUCAACAUCUCAUUUUAUGGAAGUGACGAGUUUAUCUGGACAUGUACCUCUGUGCCUGGUGAUAAACUUGUGGUCACUGUGUACUCGGCUCUGGAGCUGCUACAUAACCAUGUUUGUUUCUGGUUUUCAUUUGAGCUACCCCUUAAUAUCUGCUCCACUCGCCACAGAUGUCAUGUUUUUAUCUUUCCUUGUGAAGCAUGCAUGGUUUAAGGAACUGUAUUUGAAAUGGUCUCACGUCUUUACUCACAUAUACUGUAUUCUGAAACUGAAAUUUAUAAGUGGUUAACAAGAUGCGUUGUUCUGUACUGAACUUGGCUGCAAUUUUGCCCCAAGUUGACAUUCUAAAUUUGAAGCUCUGAAUCUGCAUCAAGCCCAGCACUUGUUUUUGAAGCUCCCGACUUUUCUACAUUUUGUAUGAUUUAGAUUUUUUUUUUUUUUUUUUUGGUUAUGUGUGGAAGACGAGACAUGGAAACUAUUAUUUUGGAAAAGGGUUAUUGAUGUGGAUCUUGGUUAAAUUUGGAAAUAAAGUUUGGAGAAACUUG